AAAAAAGAUGUAGACAACAUGGUUAAAUAUCCGCGUUCCCCUACUUAAUUUUCAUUGCAGUGCCACUUGUUAGGGUAUACCGUGUGACUGUUUUUCCAUCACAUUAAGAGGAAAAAAGAAUAGAGAUAAUUAAUUUGUUGGGGUAAAAAGAGAAAUAAAUAUGGGAUUGGGAAGCAAAAAAUUAAGUGUUGUUCUGUUAUUGUUAUUAUGUUUGUUAUCUCCAAUUGCGGGUCAAAACGGGCUAUGGUAUGGGGACAAAAGUCUGAAGGCGGGUCAGAUACUUAUAGAGGCAUUUUUCGACCCGGUUUGCCCCGAUAGCCGAAAUUCAUGGCCGCCCCUCAAGGAAGUACUCAAGUAUUAUGGCGAUCGUGUUAAGCUCAUUACUCGCUUGUUCCCUUUGCCGUACCACGCAAACGCUUUCGUGGCUUCUCGGGCAAUAACAAUAGUAAAUGAUGUUGUCAGCACUUCAUCUGCAUACCUUCUAUUAGAGGCAUUUUUCAAUAAUCAGGAAACGUUUUCCGGGAAUUCAACAUUUAACCUGUCGAGAGCAGUUGUAACUGACCGGAUUGUGAAGUUCUCAAGUAAGGCAGUUGGACACUCUCAGUCUGCAAUUCAAUCUGGCUUUCAAAACGAUGAAACAGAUUAUUUAACCAGAGUUGGUUUCAAGCAAGGUGGCAUACGAGGAGUCUAUGGGACACCGCAGUUCUUUGUUAAUGGGUUUAUAUUUGCAGAACCUGGAUCAGCUCAGAACUAUAGCACAUGGAGAGCUGUUUUAGAUCCUUUAGUUAGCAAGUAGAGCAAAAUAUUUCAUAUAAUAAGCGAAAAUUUGAUUAUAAAAAUGAGAAUCCUCGUUAGCUAAACAGUAGCAUCAAUAUUGGCUUGUAUGAGUUCAAUAAUAAGAAACUAUUUACCUACAAUUCACUUUCCAUCAAAAUUCUCAUUUGACGUUGAAAACAUGAAAAAAAAACAUCUUCGUCCUUAUGUGGCAUAAUUUGUUUCUCACUUUAUCAGUUCUUUUCAAC